UUCUCAGAACAUACUAGGGAAGUUUCUUUGGGGUGCCUCCAUUUACUAACAACAUGGCCACCACUUACAGGCAAUACACCUCCUCCUCCUCUGUAAAGGGGUCUUCCUUUGGUGGGGGCUCCUCUCGACUUUCUUCUGCCCACCUUGGUGGGGGAUACAGAGCUCCAAGCAUGCAUGGUGGAAUGGGGGGCAUCUCUGUCUCUUCUUCCCGUUAUGUCUCUGGGGUAGGCAGUGGCCUUGGUGGUGGCUAUGGAGGCAGCAGCUACUGCAGCAGCUUUGGGGGUGGCUUCGGAGGAGGUUUUGGGGGAGGCUUUGGUGCUGGCUUUGGGGGUGGCAGCUUUGUUGCUGGUGGUGAGGGCCUUCUGGCUGGGGGCGAGAAGGAAACCAUGCAGAACCUGAAUGACCGCUUGGCUAACUACCUGGACAAAGUGCGGGCCCUAGAGGAAGCCAACACUGAGCUAGAGGUUAAAAUCAGGGAGUGGUACCAGAAGCGUGGACCUGGUCCAGACCGAGACUACAGCCCAUACUUCAAGACCAUUGAGGAUCUGAGGAGCAAGAUUCUAGCUGCCUCUGUUCAGAAUGCUACCAUCCUCCUGCAGCUUGAUAAUGCAAAGUUGACUGCUGAUGACUUCAGAACUAAGUUUGAGACAGAACAUGCAUUGCGAACAAGUGUUGAGGCUGACAUCCAUGGCCUACGCAAAGUACUGGAUGAAAUAACUCUGUCCAAGUCUGACCUAGAAAUGCAAAUAGAAAAUUUGAAGGAGGAGUUGAUUUACCUGCAAAAGAACCAUGAAGAGGAACUGAAAGUUCUCCGAAGCCAGCUGGGUGGUGAAAUCACUGUGGAAAUGGAUGCUGCUCCUGGGGUUGACCUGACCAAGAUCCUGGCAGAGAUGCGUGAACAGUAUGAGACCUUGGCUGAGAAGAAUCGUAAAGAUGCUGAGCAGUGGUUCUUCAGCAAGACCGAAGAGCUGAACCGAGAAGUCGCCAUCAAUACGGAGCAAUUACAGAGUGGCAAAUCGGAAGUCAUAGAGCUGAGACGUACACUCCAAGGCUUGGAAAUUGAGCUGCAGACACAGCUCAGCAUGAAAAACUCACUGGAAGGCACUUUGGCAGACACAGAAAACCGCUAUGGUGUCCAACUCAGCCAGCUCCAGGCCCUGAUCACCAGCGUGGAAGAGCAGCUUGCUGAGCUCAGAUGUGACAUGGAGCGCCAGAAUCAUGAAUACAAGAUCCUUCUUGAUGUCAAGACUCGCCUGGAGCAGGAGAUUUCCACCUACCGCCGCCUGCUAGAAGGAGAGGAAGCCCACAUUUCCACCCAGUAUUCUUCAGGACCCACAACCACUCGCCAAGUUCGUACAAUUGUGGAGGAGGUCCAAGAUGGAAAAGUGAUCUCAUCUCGUGAACAGGUCCAUGUCUCUGGACGUUAAGCCUGCAUCUUGGACAAACCAGCUUGUCCCUCCUAAGUGAUGUUGCUCUAGUUUGUAGUUUCCUGCUCUGUUCCCUACCAUCCACAAUUUGAGCUCUGUAUGCUACAGUCACAGGGCACCAAUAAAGCUGUUUGCAUCUCAUUGAAGAAAA